UCUUACAUAACACAAUUGGUCCUUCGAGCCGGAUAGUUAAUUGCAGCGUCAAAAAACGUUAUUCUAGAACAAUCAUAGGCUGUUGUGGGUGAUAAUCCAAAUUAGUUAUUCGAGAAUAAUCAUAGACUGUCGUAGUGGGUGAUAAUUCAAGAUUAGGGAAAUUGUGCAACAUUCGCCACAAGAACGAGUUCAACAAAAUAUCACCGCAGAUAUCGUCGCAUCAGAUUGGUUAGUCACUUGGAUUUGGAUUUUGAGCAUAUACAAAAAUCAAGUAAGUGCGUUAUCCCUUGUUUCCUUCCUCAUUUAUUUCCCUGGAUAUUCGAUUACGUGUCAGUAAUAUGGAAACUUUAAAAGUUUUAACAUCUCAAAGAGCUCAAAUUAAGUCUCGCCUCACAAGAUUUAAAAAUAGUCUUGAUAAUUUAACAAACAAAGAAAUAGCAACUGAAGAUGAACAGGUAGAAAUUCAAGACCGUCUUGCUGACAUAACAUUAUCUUUAAAAGAAUAUGAACAAGUUCAUUUCAAAAUUGUUAGUAUGUCGGACGAUGUUGCACAUGAUCGCGAUAUGGAAAAAUUUGAACGCACAUUUUAUGAAGUCACCGCGCGGGCAAAAUGUCUCAUAUCAAAAUUUAACACACCUUUAAAAAAUAAUGACAGUUUGUAUGACGACUUUGGUGCAAAUAUGUUAAAAUUACCAAGUAUUAGCUUGCCAACAUUCAGUGGUCGUUUUGAGAAUUGGGUCGAAUUUCACGACUCCUUUGACUCAUUAAUUAACAAAAAUCCCAAGUUGUCGGAUAUCCAUAAAUUUUAUUAUUUGCUUUCUGCCGUGAAAGGUGAUGCUGCGCAAUCACUCAAAACUAUAAAAAUCUCCUCCGAAAAUUACAAUAUUGCAUGGGAUUUGCUCAAGCGUCGAUUUGAAAAUAAAAAAUUAAUAGUACAAAACAGCAUCAAAGCGUUAUUUAAUAUAGAGUCUAUGAAACGGGACACACAUCAAGGCCUUCAAACAAUGUUAGAUGACAUAUUAAAACUAAUGCAAUGUCUUCAAAAUUAUAAGCAACCCACUUUAGAUAGCUUGCUCAUAUAUAUUAUUAGCGCGAAAUUCAGUCUGACUACACGUCAAGAAUGGGAAAAUUUUAAACCAAAGGAUGAAUUUCCAACCUUCUCCGAGUUAAUAGAUUUUUUAGAAAAAAGGUGCAGUUUAUUAGGAUCAUUAGAAGUAAACAAAAACAAUCAGAGUCUAUUUAAUAGUAGUAACAAGGCUAAUUAUAAUAAUAGUAAUUCAAAAUCCUAUGUAACUACAUCAACAACAUAUUGUCAUUUCUGUAAAAACUCCGAUCAUUCCAUAUAUACAUGCCAAUCGUUUCUCAAAUUAAGUAUCAAUGAGCGAAUUUCAGAAAUUAAACGUUUACGCCUAUGUUUAAAUUGUUUGAGAAAAAAUCACUUUAUUAAAGACUGUCUUUCGAAAAAAUGUAAAAAGUGUAAUAAAAAGCAUAACACUAUAUUGCACUUAGAAGAAAACAAUAGAAAUAGCAAUAAUGUCGAGUCCAAUCAAUCUGCACACAUAGAACAAGAUAGUCUGCCAGGCCCGUCUCAUGCGUCCAAUCAUUUAUCAUUCAAAACAACAUUAUCAUUCUCUAACGGUGUCAUUAGUGAACCACAAACAAAUCAAACAAUUUUGUCGACCGCAUGUGUUAACGUAGAAGAUAGUCACGGUAAGCUGCAAAAAUGUAGAGUCCUGUUGGACGUAGGAUCGCAAUCAAAUUUUAUAACUAAUUCAACAUGUUUACGGUUAGGACUAAAGAGAACAAAAUGUAGUUUAACAGUAGGUGGUAUCGGGGAAACCACAUCAAAUAUACAGCAUAAGGUAAAUCUCAAGUUUAGAUCUUGUGUAGGCAAUUAUAGUUCUGAAAUCACUUGUUUUGUAUUAGAUAACAUUACGGAUCAAUUACCUCUUGCACCGUUCAACAUAAAAGAGUUAAGAAUACCAGAAAACAUCAGAUUAGCAGAUAGCAAAUGUAACGUCCCUAGCAAAAUAGAUAUACUUAUUGGCGCCGGUUUGUUUUGGAAUCUUUUAUGUGUAGGACAGUAUAAAUUAGGAGCGAAUAAACCAACGUUGCAGAAAACCCAGUUAGGUUGGGUACUAGGGGGAGAAAUAACACAUAUGAAUAUUCAAAAUAAUUCAAGAUGCCAUUUUUUAACACAUUGCAGCACAGUAAAUAGUAGUAAUCAAUUAGAUAAUCAGCUAACUCGAUUCUGGGAAUUAGAUGAAUUCAAGUGUAGGGCCAGUAAUUAUUCACCAGAAGAGCAACAUUGCGAAGAACAUUUUAUAAAUACGCAUACACGUGAUCGCGAUGGAAGAUUUGUAGUAAGCAUACCGUAUAAACGCGAACCAAAUGAAUUAGGCGAAUCCAAAACAUUAGCUUUAAAACGUUUUUAUUCUAUUGAGCGAAAAUUAGAGAGAAAUGAUAGUCUUAAGAAUGAGUAUGUUAAGUUUAUGGAGGAAUAUGAGUCCUUAGGUCAUAUGACGAAGGUUGCUGAUUCUGAAGUUAAUGGACCUACCUUUUAUUUACCUCACCACGCUGUGAUAAAACAAUCAAGCAUCACCACAAAGGUUCGUGUAGUUUUCGACGGGUCAGCGAAGUCGGAUUCAGGUAUAUCAUUAAACGAUAUUCAAUGCACCGGUCCCACAAUUCAGAACGAUAUCCACACAAUAUUAUUACGUUUUCGCCAACAUGCAUUUGUAGUCACUGCGGACAUAGCAAAAAUGUACCGUCAAGUUUUAGUUAAUCAAUCACAGCGUAAUUUACAGCUUAUUCUAUGGAGAAAAGACAAAUAUCAACCAGUCAAUAUCUACCGCUUGAACACAGUAACAUACGGUACCGCGUGUGCAUCGUUUCUUUCAACAAGAUGUUUAAAACAAUUAGCAAUAGAAAAUCGUGAAACAUAUAAGAACGCGUCUCAGGUCAUUGAAAACGACUUCUAUGUAGACGAUUUACUGACCGGAUGUGAAUCAAUAGAGCAAGCAUCAGAAUUAGUUCAGGACGUUUCAAAAAUUUUAUCAGCAGCAGGAUUUGAAUUGCGUCAGUGGAACUCAAAUAGUAAACAAAUUAUUUCCAACAUUAGCGUGAGCCGUGAACAAUAUAUACAAAAUACUAUCAAACUAAAAGAUCAUAGCGAAAAUAAAACACUAGGCAUUCUUUGGAACCCAGAGCGCGAUAGCUUUCAAUAUGACAUAAACAAUUACAAUUUUAGCGAUCAAGUAACGAAGAGAUCUAUUUUAUCCGCGACAGCGCAAAUUUUUGACCCGUUAGGACUUUUAGCACCCAUCGUAAUUAUAGCUAAAUUAAUCAUACAAGACCUUUGGCAAUCUAAAUUAUCAUGGGACGAGUCAAUACCACUACAUCUAAAUACCAGGUGGCUAAGAUUUAAGGAUCAAUUGCCCGAUAUUAGGGAGAUUUCUAUUCCUCGUUGGGUUACAGUAACAAACGCUAAUUCAAUCGAAUUACACGGCUUUUCAGACGCGUCAGAGAAGGCCUAUGGGGCCUGCAUUUACGUUAGAAGCAAGGACUCUUUAGGAAACUACUCGGUAUCAUUACUAUGUGCAAAAUCCCGCGUCGCUCCACUAAAAAAUAUUUCGUUGCCGCGUCUCGAGUUAUGCGGUGCUGUAGUACUUGCGCAAUUAAUGCAACGAGUGAAAGAUUCGAUUAAUUUACAUAUAGACAAAUGUAUCUAUUGGUGUGACUCAACGAUCACAUUAUCUUGGUUAUCAAAAUCACCUUCCAACUGGAAAACUUUUGUCGCUAAUAGGGUCGCUGAAAUUCAAAGAAUUUCAGAUAAACAAAGCUGGUUCCACGUGGGAUCAAAGGACAAUCCCGCGGAUCUAAUAUCGCGAGGUGUAGAACCAAAAUUAUUACAAUCCCAUAAAUUAUGGUGGAAUGGUCCACGAUGGCUUUCUUUAGGUAAAAUACAUUGGCCUUCCCCACAAUACGAGGAAAGCAACGUACCUGAUCAAAGGUUAUUGACACACAUUUCAGUAGAACAAAAUAAUAUCGAACUGUUUUCAAAAUUUUCAGAACUGAAUAAAUUAAUGCGAGUAGUAUCCUACUGUUUUAGAUUUAUAUCAAAUGUUAGCAAAAAUAAACAAGAUAGAAUAUUAGGUCAAUUAACAAAUAACGAAUUGCAAGGCGCCCUUUUAACAUUAAUAAGACUUGCUCAACAAAAGAUAUAUUUUAGAGAAAUACAUGCUCUGACAAAUAAUAGUAACAUCGGUAACAAAAGCAAUUUAUUGUCGUUAAAUCCCAUUCUGGACAAAGACGGAAUUCUCAGAGUUGGCGGUCGAAUACAACACUCGAAUUUUUCCUUCGAUAAAAAACACCCCAUUAUUCUGCCCUCAAAUCAUAAAUUAACAAAUAUGAUUGUAAAAAAUGAACAUGUAAGAUUAUUGCAUUGUGGAGUGAACCAAUUAUUAGCUUCACUACGUGAUAAAUACUGGCCUAUUUCUGGAAAAAAUGUUAUUAAAAAGGUAAUACGAAAUUGCAUUACUUGUUUUCGAGCAAAUCCCAGGUCAAUAACACCAUUAAUGGGUUCGCUACCUAGACCUCGUGUAAUACCUUCCCCGCCAUUUUCUAAUUGCGGAGUAGAUUAUGCCGGGCCUGUUAAUAUUAAGGAGAAAAGGGGUCGUGGUUCAAAGACUUUCAAAGCAUAUAUAUGCAUUUUUGUAUGUUUUGCAACCAAGGGUAUCCAUCUCGAAUUGGUCACCAGCCUCACCGCUGAAGCAUGUAUGGCUGCAAUUCGCAGGUUUAUUUCUCGUCGGGGGUUGCCCCAACAUAUAUAUUCUGAUAAUGGGACAAAUUUUGUGGGUACAAAGUCCGAUAUACAGCAAUUAUAUCAGUUAAUUCGUAAUCAGUCCGAUAUUUUGGUUAAUACCUGUAGCAAACUAGGCAUAUCUUGGCAUUUCAUACCGCCUCGUUCACCGCAUUUCGGGGGCCUCUGGGAGGCCGGAGUAAAAGCCGUAAAAUAUCAUCUAAAAAGAGUCGCGGGAAAUGCAUUAUUAACGUAUGAGGAAUAUUACACAUUACUGACGCAAAUCGAAGCUGUUCUUAAUUCACGCCCGUUAUCCCCUAUAUCGAACGAUCCUAACGACCUUAAUCCUUUGACUCCUUCGCAUUUUUUGAUUGGUCGUAAGCUCAGCUCUAUUCCGGAACCAUCGCUAUUAGAGACCAAGGAAAACCGACUAACUAAAUAUGAGCACAUACAGAAGAUACGACAACAUUUCUGGAAAAGAUGGAGCAAAGAGUACAUCAGUGAACUUCAGGUUCGCACCAAAUGGAAGAAUGAUAAGAAGAUUCAUCUGAAUGUUGGUACAAUGGUACUGUUAAAGGAAGAAAACGCGCCUCCUCUGAAAUGGCAGUUAGGGAGAAUUGUAGCAGUGCAUCCCGGAACAGAUGGAAUUAUCCGCGUAGUGUCCGUGAAAACUGGUAGUGGGACUAUUGUGAAACGCGUUGUGUCAAAGGUGUGCGCGCUUCCGUUGGAGCUGUGAAUUUCUGUGUUUUCUUUCAGUGCGACAAACAUUUUUGCCUUCCUUUGUAUGCAAUGUUUCUUAUUAUGUAUUUACCUUACUUAUUACGUAUUACAAUUUAAAUCUAGUUCACUUAUUUUAAGUCAAUUAAAAUUAGUUAUUAAUCGUGUUUUAUCUUUAUCACAAUCAAAUUAGUUUUGAAAGUUUAUUCAACUUUCAAGGGGGGCGGCUUGUUAAGAGUCUUUGUUAUGAGUAUUACUUUGAAAUAUUUUGGAAAGGAAUUUGUUUCGGUUGUAAAAUUUAUUUAUUUAUUUGGGUACCUACAACAUUUUGUAAACCAUUGUUUGGUCACGUAGUUGUCCGACCAAGGGAAGUUGAACAACCCCAAUUAUGUUGUUACCCGCUGUUAUGCCAUCCGCACCCCUCCGGUGUCAUUUAAUUUUGUACCAUAGCAGUAAGAUAAUUUUAAGUAAUUUGUAUCAGUCAGUCUUUAGUCGUCUUAGUUAUCAGUUCUCGAAUAAUUAGAAAUCAUAGUUUAGGAAUCAUAGUCAUCAUCUUUGUAGUAACCAUCAUCAACAUUUCGUCAUUAUCACCCUAAUUCUAA